AUGAGUUUCCUCAAGAGUAACCAAGAAUUAUACCUACAAUAUACAGCCACAGCCCCCAAGCUGCUGGCCAGCAUUUCCAAACUCCUCAUAAUCUGUCGGAACGCGGGCAUUUCUAUACCAAAGGGUAUCAGAAACAUCUUUGAAUUCACCUGGGAGGAGCUCAUCACUGAUCCUGCAGUGCCUACCCCAUCUGACAUUGUGGGCCUGGAGGUCAGCUUUGGAUCCCCCCCUGUGGUGCUUGUGGAACCAUCCCCCAUGCAGGUCCAAAUGCAGAAGAAGCCACUACCAGCACUGCCACUGCCAACACUGUCCUCAGGGGCAGCCAAGUACCCCACCCUCUCUCCCACCCACGCCCAUCAGGUGCCCACUGGCCAGGAAACUCUGCAUAAAUUUCAGCGACAGUCCAUCCACCUGCUGACAGAGCUCCUCAGCCUGAAGAUGAAGGCCAUGGUGGAAUCUGUAUCUGCAGGUGCCAACCCCCUGGACAUCACCAGGCGCUUUGUGGAGGCCAGCCAGCUCCUCCACGUCAAUGCCAAGGAGAUGGCCUUCGACUGCCUGAUUGGCACAGUUGGGAGAGGUGGCUACAGUGCUGGACAGAUAGGGAAAGAGCCCUCCUUGAACAUCUCUGCCAUGGGAGUGAACUCACCUUAUCAGCUGAUCUACCAGGCUUCUACAGCCUGUCUGAGCUUUUCCCUCUCAACUGGAAGGGAACCCAGGAAGAAAGCAGGCAAAUCAAAAUUCGCAGAUGAUGCCAGCACACCACCCACCGUGCGAGGAGCAGGGGCCUCUGUGGACAGCACUGAACUCAGCGACCCCUGCCCCGAGGCCCGGGAGAAGCUGCAGGAGUUGUGUCGCCACAUAGAAGUUGAAAGAGCCUCAGAGAAAUGGAAGAAUAUCUCUUGCCCCAUCAUCUUACGCAACUACAAGGCAAAGAUACCCUCUCAUCUGAUGUUGGCCAACAAAGGCGACUCUCAUGCAACAGGAGCUCAGGCUUCCAUCUCCACCCCUCACCAGUCUUCCACCCAGCAUUUGCACUCCAACCGGCAAUCUCAAGAGUGGAAGAUGUCCAGGAAGACCUUCAAGUUGCACUACACCUUCUAUGAUGGCUCCUCCUUUGUUUACUAUCCCUCUGGAAACAUUGCUAUGUGUCAGAUCCCCACUUGUUGCAGAGGGAGAACCAUCACCUGCCUCUUUAGUGAUACACCUGCUGUCUCCUUCCUGGCCCUGUUCAAUGCUGACGGCCAAGGCUGUGUUCACUACAACCUAAAGACCCGCUGCCCAUAUGUCUUGGUCUUGGAUGAGGAAGGCGGAACCACCAAUGACCAAAAGGGCUACGUAGUUCACAAGUGGAACUGGACUUCCAAGACAGAGACUUUGCUCUCCCUGGAAUAUAAGGUGAAUGAGCAAAUGAAGCUGAAGGUGCUGGGGCAGGACUCUAUCGUGGUCACCUUCACCUCCAUGAAUGAGACAGUCACACUGCCUAUAACAGCUAACAACUGUCCCCAUGGAAUGUCACAUGAAAAACGGCUGCCCCGUGGAAUCAGCAGCGUAGAUGAGAAGGUAUCUAAGAUGAGCCGAGCGCUGGCCGAGAUCAAGAAGCGGUUUCAGAAGACAAUGACUCAGUUUAUGAAUUCUGUCUUGCUGGCAUCAGGUCUGUUAAUCAUAGAAUACCCCAUCGGAAAGGAAGAGGCAGAAUCUGGCCGGUUGAAGGUGAAAUCUGGAGCUCAUCUUGAGCGGAUCCCCAAGAUGACUUCAGGAGACAGUCCUUUACGAUCUCAGUCAGCCCGACAGGAAUCCUCGUUUAUAGAGUCCUUGAAGGAGGAGACUGGGUCUGCUCCUGUGAGCCCCGUUCGGAAGAAGACCACCAGAAUCCCCACCAAGCCCAGGAUUAUAACCAGAGGGAAGGCCCCGGCCCCCGAGAUGCACAGCCCCACCAGGUGGGCAGCCUCACCCUCUGACUGCCCGCUGGUGCUACGGAAGCUCCUAUGCAAGGAAGACAUCCGGGCCGGUUGCAAGUGCAUAGUGAAGGCGCCCCUGGUCUCCGACGUGGAGCUGGAGCGCUUCCUGAUGGCACCCCGAGACCCCAGCCAAGUGCUGGUGUUUGGGAUAAUCUCAAGCAAGGAGCCCACUCACACGGCGCAGCUGCAGUGGCUGCUGGACACACUCUACGGCCACCGGCAGCAGGGCCGCGCCUCCCCCUGCAUCCAGUGCCGGCAUGACCCCUACCGCUUACUGCGGUAUGACCUGCACAGUCCCCUGCAGAAGGACCCACCUCUGAUGGUGAAGAAGUACUCUGUGGUGGAGGGGAUGAUUCUGAUGUUUGCUGGGGGAAAACUCCUCUUUGGGGGCCGUGUUUUGAAUGGCUAUGGCUUCAGCAAGCAGAAUCUGCUGAAACAGAUCUUUCGAGCCCAACAGGAUUGCAAAAUGGGUUACUUCCUGCCGGACAACUACAAAUUCAGCAUGUCAGCCUCCAUCCCAAGCCUGGCCGACUCUGAAGCAGUCAAGAGAGCCACAUCAGAAGACGCCCAAGGAAGCUUCUCUUCACUGGCCCUGGGAGACAAGGUGGAGAAGGAAUAUUCUCCUGAAGCUGAGAAGAAGGGGAAAGAGCCUGAAGAGGAACAGCAUCCUGUCAACAAAACCCGGAGGGGCAGUAGAAGGAGCAUCAACUGGAAGAGACAAACCUCUAAGAAGUGAUACCACCCUGGUGGCCACCGAGCAUGCUGGGCCCCAGCCUGGAUGCCAUACCUCCCUGCCCAACCCAGCACCCCAGUCUCCCAGCCCUUCCUGCAACCCUCUGUGUAAUAAAUGAGCUACCUCUGGUGUGUGGGUGAGGCCCUGGGGUAGGCUGGGGCUGGCCCAGCUCAGUCUGGCUCCUGCAAGGCCAGAGGCCCUGAUAAAUCUGCUCCUGACCGAGUCCUUGGAAACACCCAUCCCCUGAGCCCAGAGCUUCCUCUGCAGGCAGUUAAGACAGCCCAAGCACCUCCCCCUCCCAAGGACACAAACUGUCUCACCCCAAGGGGCCAAGCUCGAGGACUGCGUCAUCCCUGGGGAAGCCUUGGCCAGGAUCCAACUGUGCCCUCUUGCCCUUUACUAGGGGUAGGCUCGGAGGCAGACCCAGGUAGGAAAGUGGAAAAAGGCAGAGACGGAGGUGGCAUAGACAGAAGAGACAGGGAGAUGGGGAGCCUGUGAAAGGGAGAGAGUGGGAGGAAGGAGGGGAGAGAGAGGCAGAAACCAGAGGAUGAGGAGAACAAAGUGGACUGGAAAAGCAGGGACACAGAGCCGCCCCCAGACAGCCCGGCAGCAGUGCCCUCUGGUGAACUGGAUGCUCCCCCCCCCCCCAGAAGGCCUAAAAAGUCCUUAGGCCUUAAGCAGCAUCGCAGGCCCAGAGACAGAAGCCCUCAGGCAUGCUUCCCGCGUCCCAGACACAGCACCAGGAGGGACAGACAGAACACCAGCCAGCAGCUCUGGGCUUACUGUCUGGGAUUCACGAGCACCACUUCCCAGGAGCGGGAGCGGGAGCGGGGAGAGGGCUCUGGAGAGUUCAGGACCUGAUCUGAGGGUGGCAGCUGGUGAGUGUCCCACACGUAACAACUUGUGCCGCUGCUGUGAUGUAAGCUUUCUUAGUGUGAAUUUUUUGAGGCUUCAUUUUUAUCUUUUGUAUAUUCGAAGAUGU